AAAAAAGAAAAAAGAAAAAAGAAAAAAGAAAGAGGAACACAAGAUUUAAGCAAAAAAGGAAACGAAAAAAAUAAUUCGGGUACCAAAAAGGAAACAAACAGGAGUCUGAUUUGAUUUGAAUUUUGGAAUCUCCGGCGAUGGGACGGGCAGAGAUGGUGGUAGGCCCGUCGGCGGCGGCGGUGGCGUACCACCUGAAGAAUGAGGCAAUUAGUUGGUGGGAAGAGGUGAACAGAUCUCGAGCUUGGCAAGACCGUAUAUUCCACGUCCUCGCUAUCUUCUACGGCAUUGUCUCCGCCGUUGCUCUUGUUCAAUUAAUUCGCAUUCAAAUGAGAGUUCCUGAAUAUGGUUGGACCACUCAAAAAGUCUUCCACUUUCUCAAUUUCUUGGUGAAUGGGGUUCGCUCGCUAGUUUUUGCAUUUCGGCGGGAUGUUCAGAAAUUGUACCCCGAGAUUGUCCAACAUAUUUUGCUUGAUAUGCCAAGUCUUGCAUUCUUCACAACUUAUGCCCUGCUAGUAUUAUUCUGGGCUGAGAUAUACUACCAGGCACGUGCCGUAUCCACGGAUGGGCUUAGACCUAGUUUCUUCACAAUUAAUGGAGUGGUUUAUGCUAUCCAGAUUAUAUUGUGGCUGAUAAUAUGGUGGAAACCUAUUCGAGUACUUGUGAUCUUAUCCAAGAUGUUCUUUGCAGGUGUAUCCCUAUUUGCAGCAUUAGGGUUUCUCCUUUAUGGUGGAAGGCUUUUCCUUAUGUUACAGCGGUUUCCAGUAGAAUCAAAAGGAAGACGCAAAAAGCUACAGGAGGUUGGCUAUGUCACAACAAUAUGUUUUUCAUGCUUCCUCAUUAGAUGCGUUAUGAUGUGCUUCAAUGCAUUUAAUAAAGCUGCAGAUCUUGAUGUUUUGGAUCAUCCAAUUUUGAAUUUGAUAUAUUACCUGUUGGUGGAGAUACUGCCUUCUUCACUUGUCCUUUUUAUUUUGAGGAAGUUGCCUCCAAAGCGAGGGAUCACACAGUACCACCCUAUUCGCUAAUAUGCUAGAGGGUAGUUAAUGAUGGAAAUCAACCCCCGGGAUCAGGUAUUGAUACUUUUCUUACCUGGAUAUGAUUGAAAGCAAGAAAUACGAGAGGAGUGAUCAUGUAAAUGGAGUGUGGUUUGUGAUGGACAAUGAAAUGUCUGUUUGUCCCCACUUGGCAGAUUGUGUAGUUCUGUUUGGUACUAUUAGUUAAAGAAGGAAUUGUGAAGCAUGUUAUGAUUUUUGGUAUAUUAUUCGUCUUUGUAUGUGUCAGAUUUCAAUUGAUUCAUUUUCCCCCCUGAAAUUUCAUGGUUGUUUCCCA